AUGGCUAGCUCAGCUGGUGGAUCUGAUGGAGGCCGUGCUGGGUGGUUUGCUGUGCUGGCUAUGUGGACCCGAGUUUUCAUCUGGUCGGCAGUCCUUAAGACCAUCGGCAUGAUGCUUCCCUUGUUACAAGACCAGUUUAAUACCACCACGUGGAUCUUGGGCUGGAUAACGUCCAUCAUAGGCGCUGCCAGCGGAUUAUCUGCAAUCACCUCGAGGCUGAUGGAUAGAUGGUUCGGUCCCGGCUACGUCAUCAUGACGUGUGGUGCAAUGAUUGGUUUUUCGGUCAUCAUGGCGUCGUUUGCAACUUCGCCUAUUCACCUAGCUUGCGUGUUCACUCUACUCCUGGGUUCAGGGCUCGGGAUUUCCGGUGUGCUUAUAAAAGAGGCCAUCGCCCGCUGCUUCACCACGAACUACGCCACGGCCACUGGCAUUGCACGCACGGGUGAUUCCAUCGGGCUGUUUGUGUGUGCACCAAUCGUGCAGAUAUUCAUCGAUACGUAUGGAUGGAGAGGAGCCAUGCUACUGGUGGGUGCCAUCUCUGUGCAUCUUGUGGUGUGUGGCGCCCUCAUGCUGCGAGCAGGAGCACCUUCAGCAAGCAGAUACCAAAAGCUUCCAGCAAACGAUGGAAUAUCAAAACAUCCAAGUCAACUUCCCUCUCGCUGUACCUCAUUUUACAAGAACCUAUUGGAGAUCUUCGAUAUUCGACUUCUCUCUGAUUUCCGGUACUGGUCGGUGGCCAUCAUAGCCUGCGGUUCAAAGUUUGCAUUCAACAUGUGGCUCAUUUACUUCGUUUCACAAGCUCAGUCAAAUGGCUUUUCCUUACAAGAGGCGGCAAUAUUUGUAACAGUUGGAGGCGUUGGAGGUUUAAUAGCAAAACUGGUUCAGGGAUUCUUUCUUGACCGUGGGGUGAUAUCGAGUUUCCAUCUGACGGUCAUCGCUGUAACGGUUUGUUCGGCGUCAUACUGCGCAACUCCCUGGCUGACGUCAUAUUGGCCAAUGAUGACGUCAUCACUCUUGAUCGUGACAAGCUCUGGCGCCCUCAGCUGUCUUCAGGACGUUCUCAGUAAGCAGGUACUCGGUGUAGAUUUACUGGUCGGAGCUUUUGGUUGGACAUCUUUUACUGGGGCCAUCUUGGAAUUCUCUCUGGGCUUUUUACCUGGUUGGCUGUUCGACACCACAGGCAGUUACACCACAGCGUUUGUUUUCAUAGGCUCCAUGCAAUUCCUUCCGAUGUUUCCUCUUCUCAUUCUGAGGUAUUAUCGAUGUUUUGAAAGCGACGCACAGAAAGAAUUAACAUGAAGCCCAAGUAAAUUUUGUAUUGAUUGCUAAUUUUUGAUAUCCGAAAAUUAUUGUAAAUACAUACGUGCUUCUCUCAAGUUGGUCGCACAUUAUAGUAUCUGGUUUACUCAGGAUUAUGUACAUCUCAACAGAGGGCACACUGUAGAAAACAUCUUCUGACAAUAUCAGUUAAGGCCAAGUUCGGGCAAGGACCAUUAGUGGACUAGUGGUU